GUAUCAUACCGUGAGAAGAACGCGCGCGAGCUUCUCGCGUCGUGGGUCGCGCGUGUGGUUCUUUCUCCUGAUAUUCGCGCGCGCGCGGGCGCGCGCGCGCGCGCGCGAAAUCGAACCAACGAAGACGAGCGCUCCGACGUCGUCGUCGUCGUCGUCGUCGUCCUCAUCCUCGUCUUCGUCCUCGCUCCUUGCCGCGUGCUCCCACCCGUCAUCCCGGUGAGAAUUCCGCGGCACGUUAACAACAUACUAUACGUUGGUCGGUCAAUGCGACUCAUACCGUCGGUCCGACGAUCGCGCCUAUGAGACAUGCGGCGACCCUUGACCCGCCAUCUCUCCGAGGGUGGCGGCGGUGGCGGCGGCGGAGGUGGCGAUGGUGCGGCAGACAGCGGCGGUGGUGGUGGUGCCGGUAGGCGACAACGUCUCGUCAAGGAGGGCGAUGAGCGUGGCGUUCUGGGAUACACCUGGGCCUGCCGCGAUUACGGUCAUCACCUGUCGUUUGGCGACCUCCUCAAGGCCCCGGCUCCCCUGGAUUGUCGCGGCCGCACUGUUUCCUCGGAGCCUCGGAGCGUCACAAUCCACAGGAGGCAGCAGCUGGAGCAAUCGGUAUACUGCGAACCUGAAUCGCGACGAGCCACCACCAACGUGGAAGAUGACAGGCAGGAUGUGCAAGGUGCCAACAACCCGGAGAAAGUCAAGAGUACAACGCAGGAUCUGUUCGAGUUACUCGAGCGAGUGCAAAGUUCGCGUCUCGACGAUCAACGCUGCGUUCUGCCGUCGUACUUUUCUCAGACGCCGAGGGGAGAUGACAGGACCACGUCGAGCCCUGGCGUUCCCAGCAACCACAUCCCUGCGUUGUCACCGUCGCCGGUGGGUGACGCGCCCUUGGGAAGAGCGCUCAUGGAAGCGGCUCUGCAGCAGCAAGUCGCAUCCGGUAGCCAGCCGCCCUUAGUGGUCACGCCAUCCGGAUACUGGGUCGACGGUACCGAUCACCGACAUACCCUCGACUCGGCUGGCAGAGCGUUACUACCAGCGCAACCGGCUUGGCAACCUAGGAUAGAUCAGGACGAUACGGCCAAAUGUUACCGUCGCUUCUUCGUCGGCAGGGAACACGUGAACCUCGUGGGACGGGACGGUGAGAACGGCCCGAUCCUGGUCUCGGUGAAGGCCGAGACGGUCGCCGGACAGGAACAUUGGCGGGUGUUGUUGCGACUGCGAGCGGGAUCGACGCACGACCUGGUCCCGGCUGCGAAUCUCAGCCCGAAUCCUACGCCGACGAAAAUGGUCAAGGCGAUCAACGAGUCCUUGAACGUGAACACCCUGAUGCCGGUCAUGUGCCCCGGCGCCGGCACUCUGAUAGCCCGAUACGACGAGCACGCACUCGUCUCUAGGUUCAAGUUCGGCGUUCUUCAUCAACGAGCCGGCCAGGUGACGGAGGAGCAGCUCUUCGGCAACCGGCAGAUCACGCCGGCCUUCCAGGAGUUCCUCGACCUGCUCGGUCAGAAGAUUGAUCUCAAAGAUCACAAGGGCUAUCGCGGCGGCUUAGACACGCGACACGGUCAGACCGGAGACUCGGCGGUGUACGAGGUGUUUCGCGGUCGCGAGGUGCUGUUCCACGUGGCGUCGCUGCUGCCGUAUAGUCCCGGCGAUUCGCAACAGUUGCAACGCAAAAGACACAUCGGCAACGACAUUGUCGCGAUUAUAUUUCAGGAAGAACCGACACCCUUCAGUCCGGACAUGAUCGCCAGCCACUUCUUGCACGCCUUCAUCGUCGUGCAGGUCAUCGACCCCUGCACUUCUAAUACGAGGUACAAAGUCAGCGUGACGGCGCGUGACGACGUUCCCUGGUUUGGCCCGACUCUACCGACACCGGCCGUCUUCCUCAGAGGUGUCGAAUUCAAGGAGUUUCUGCUGACGAAACUGGUGAACGCUGAAAAUGCCGCGUACAAGGCCGAGAAGUUCUCCAAAUUGGAGCUGCGGACCAGGUCGGCCUUGUUGGAGUCGCUAACGGAGGAAUUGCAAAGCAAAACCGCCGAAUUCCUCGGCGGACCCGUCGGCCUGAGCGCCUCCGGCUUGAGCGUCUGUCCUGUAAGUCCGACCACGAACGACGUGUCCGCCUCCGGGAGUAGCGGCAGCGGCAGCGGCUCGCGAUUCAUCGACACCGUUCGCAAGGCACUGAUCUCGCGCGUGCGAAACGCAUCGACGGAGAGCGUGCCGCAGCAACUGGCGAAGAAGGGUCAAACCACGGAGCCCAGUCCGCCGAGCAAUCGGCAAUCGAGCACAAAGAUAAGCGGCGGUAGCAAGCGCUCGGUGGAGCCGUCCAGUCCUCUCGGCUCGCCGGAUCUCACCCUGAGGAGAGACUCGGAGCGCGGUAGUCUGGGUAGCCAAGACAGCAGCUUGUCAAACACCGACAAUCAGGACAGCAGCUUGGCGACGCUGCAGCAUGACGAGUUCGAUCGCAAGGAAUCGUCGGCGGGCGUCUGCGUUCUCGACAACGAUACCACUGUCGUGGACAAGGCGACAAUUACGGUGGCACCGACGUCGACGACGACGAUGCAGCGAUUCACGCACGAGAGUCUGCUGCGCACGCAGCAGGAACGGGCGACGCAGCAGGAUAAAAUGACAACGACAUCGAUGACGACUACGACGACGACGACGAUGACGACGGUGAUGGCGAUGGCAACGGCGACGGCGACGGCGACGGCGACGGCGACGGCGACGGUGCCGAUGCCGAUGCAGCAGGAGAUAAUAACCUCGCAACGUGUAAUCUCGGAGAGCGAUGACAGCUCGCUCAACAGCGAGCUCGAGCUCGAUCAGGCCGUGUACCCUGACAGUGACACGGGUCUCGAGUCCAUGAGCUCCGCAGAGACCCAUGACACCGCCAGGUGCACGACCAAGGACGGCGUCGUGGAGAAUGAGAAUCUGAGAAUGGAAGUCACCAGGCUCAAGUGCGAUAAGCUGGAUCUUUUGCGGCAGAAUGUGACAUGCCAACGCGAGCUCAAACGCCGUCGAGAGAAGGAACUGCAGUUGGAGUCUGAUCUUGCGGCGGCGUCAAAGGAGAUCCUACGACUGCGAGCGAUGCUGAAAGAGUGUUCCACGAGCAUUCCGCUGGACAACAACAACCAACAGACGUCCACCGUGUGAAAUUCGCCGACGGACGACGCGCGUUCUCAGUCGCGAUUGUAAAUAGCGAAUGACGAACGGUGCGUCGACCGACAAACGGCCGUCCGAUGUCGUCUGAAAAACUGCGCGCGUUUAUAGCGCGUUCGGGAACAACGCGACAAAAGAGAUUGUCCGGCGCGAAGUUCCUCUCAACGCGCGUUGCAGUCAAUUCUGUUCUAAUUUGUCUUGCAUCUUUAGCCAAGCCGCGCGUUGCAACUCAUCUCAACAAUCCUCUUUCGCACGUUGCCGCUUCCUCUCGUUUUUAUCCGUUAAUUUUGCGCACAGUCCAAUCUCGAACGAGAUUACUCGAACGACGAACGCAAAAUGCAAUCGACAGAGAAAGAGAGAGAGAGAGAGAGAGAGAGAGAGAGAGAGAGAGAGAGAGAGAAAGAGAGAGGGAGGGGAGGGGGCAGAAGUGAGAGGGAGUCUGACAAAUAUUCGAAGGGUGAGAGUGGUUGUCUAAAUCAGCCAUCUCUCACAUGCACACUUGUCGUGGUCUCUCGACGUUCGACGAGUCUCAGAAUACUUAAAACACCACGUACCUUCCGUUCAGGAAUGAAAAAUCGCCACUUCCAAAGGUCUACCAUAAUAGUGCUCCUUAAGAGCAGAGCGUGCGAGUACGUUUUGCGAUUUAAAUGCUUUACGCCGCGAAUUUUGAUCGUUUGACGGAUUGAAUAUCCGUUUAGAUAGAGGCCGGUACAAGUUCUAUGUGAGUCAUAUACCGAGAUAGGAUUAGUAGAGAUGGCGGCGGUAACAGGAUCGGGAAACAGGAUCCUCGGCCGCCCCGCGAGAAACUGUGUAUAACGACGGAAACGUCCGCGAGACGCAAAUGUAUUGUAGACUUUGAGAUCGUUUAGAGCUCUCGUAGAGAACUCGUACGGUGCACACACACGUAAUAUUUAUCGACUAAUUUAUUAGUAGACUUAAGUUUGACCGUUCGCAGUCGAUAUAUCAAACGCGGAAACGUGAAGAGGGAAUUGAAACAUAAAAGAAGAGAGAAAA